AUGGAAGAUUCAAAUCAUCAUUCACUACAGAAGCUUCAUUGUUCUGUGAAGAAUUACGAUUGGGGGUUACCAGGUCCUUCUUUUCUUGUUUCUGAUGGUGGGGAAGAAAGUGUUACUCUUAAAGAUUGGAUUUUUAAUAACCCUGAUUUGCUUGGGGAUAAAGUUGUUCAGAAAUGGGGGUCUGAUCUACCUUUCUUGUUUAAGGUGUUGUCUGUGGGAAAGGCUUUGUCUAUACAAGCUCACCCUGAUAAGGAGUUGGCUAGGAGGCUGCAUAAACUUCAUCCUGAUGUCUAUAAAGAUGGGAAUCAUAAACCUGAGAUGGCUCUUGCAAUGACAGAUUUUGAGGCUCUUUGUGGAUUUAUCACUCUUGAGGAGCUAAAAGAUGUGAUUCAUAACGUUCCCGAAGUUGUCAACCUAGUUGGUGAUGCAAAUGCCGACCUAGUCUUACAAACUAGUGAUCAGACUGAUGAAGAGAAGGUUAAACCUGUUCUACAGGCAGUGUUCACUCAUCUUAUGUCAGCUAGUAAAGAAAUCGUAACCGAAGCAGUGAACAGAUUGAUAAAUCGGCUUCAACUGGAAAGUGAGGUGAGGCCAUUGACAGAAAAGGAGCUGCUCGUGCUGCGGUUGGAGAAUCAAUACCCGUCUGAUAUUGGUGUGUUAGCUGCUUUCUUUCUAAACCACGUAAAACUCAAUCCCGGGGAAGCAUUGUUCCUCGGAGCAAACGAACCACAUGCGUAUUUAUCUGGGGAGUGUAUUGAAUGUAUGGCAACGUCAGACAACGUUGUUCGAGCUGGUCUUACUCCCAAAUACAUAGACGUCCCGACUCUUUGUUCCAUGCUCACAUACAAACAGGGUAUUCCUGAGAUUUUACAAGGUGUUCCUAUGAAUCCAUAUGUAAACAAAUAUAUCCCACCGUUCGAGGAAUUCGAGAUCGAUCAUUGUACUCUCCCGAAAGGAGAAAGAGUGGUGUUCCAGGCCAUUCCAGGUCCUUCGAUCUUCUUGGUCACGGCCGGGGAAGGAACGAUGAACACAGGAUCAUCUGAAGUUUACGAAAUCACCGAAGGUGAUGUUCUUUUCGCUCCGGCUUACACCGAGAUUUGCGUCGCGAGUGAGUCUAAGUUGCAUCUGUACAGAACAGGGAUUAAUAGCAAGUUUUUUGAAGAAUCUUAA